GGUCUGAUUUCUCGAGGGGGCAUAUAUUUAUAUGUGGCUUUUAAUUUGGGGAAAUUACAUUUUUUAGGGCUCUGAAACUCGAUUCAGCCUUAACCUUUCUAGCUCUGGUUUUAAAGGCUAUAAAACUAUUAGUAGAUCUGGUGGACUAGUUUUGCGAAAAUUUUCGCCAGGAAUCACUGAAAAAACUGUGUAUUUUACCAACUGUUAGCUGAUUUCCUCCUUUUACCGGCGUUGAUAAAUUAAAUUGUUGAAUAAAAUUGUUAAGAUAUCUUUUCCGAAGGUUUCAAUUUGACCUAGAGAUCUGCAUAAUUCUUAUCUCUUCUUCAAAACGUUUUUUUUAAUAAUUAUUUUCAAAAAAUUUGAACCGACUUAAGAAUUUUCUGCCGACGUUGACCAGAUUAUCUCCAAUAGCGAGCCAGUAAUUCAUAUGUGGAAGAGUGUUAGGGUUUCGUGCCCCUAAAUUUUUCUGAUUUGAUUUACCGUCUAGAAAAUGAAUCGCUACGCAAUCCACCAAAACAGCUUUGCUGCCUAUGAAGAGGUGAGGGGCAGAUCUGCAGAGAUGAAGGAAACGGUCAUCUGCCCUAAGCCGCGGCGGCUCGGCUUGCUCCAGACCACGCUUCAUGACCCGAGACCUCUGAGAUGGCACGCCAGCCAUCACCAGGAAUUAUUUGAUUCCAAAGCCGGAAGCGAGCUUCUGGACAUCAUCCUAGCUAAGGGUGGUUGUGGUAGUGAUCAAGCGGUCCCACCGGUAGCCUCGUCGUCGCCCCCAUUUUUUUCAGGGUCGCCGCCGAGCAGAGUAUCUAACCCGCUAAUUCAAGACGCGCGGUUCGGGGCUGAGCGCUGCAGCCCUGUUUCCCCCUCCUCCACCCGCAAGGGGGGCUGUGUGCGGGUGAAUUUUGGGAACAACCCGGCCGUGAGGGUGGAGGGGUUCGAGUGCCUGGACAGGGAUAGGCGCAACUGCAGCAUCCCUGCCCUAGCUUAAAGGUCCCAACAUUUAGGAGAGUUUUGAACAAAACAAGCUAAGUUAAGUGGAGGAUGAUGGAUCGAUCAUUCAAUCAUAUUUAGCUAAUAUACACUAGUGUGAAUAUAUGGAAGUUGUUUUGUGUAAGUUAAGUAUUGAGCAGGAAAUAAUAUUAGGGAAGUUGAGAGGUCCGUCACUUUUGAUGCAAGUAGAGAGGGGAGAGAGGAAGUCUGUUUUGAGUUUGAGGUCAUUUUUGAGAUUUGAGUAGGGUCGAAACCUGUAUAGAGUGAUGAUGUUUUGCACUGCAGUCGACAAAUUGAGUUUGUAAAUGAUGAAAUAUUAUAAAAAAUUUAAUGUUUCUUUAA